AUUUAUCUGGACCUAUGGCACCGGCCCAUUCUCAUUAUGAUGCAGAAACAAGAGAAUAUUUUUCUUUUGUUCCUAAUGCUGGUCCUAAAUCUGAGUAUAAUGUAUUUUCUAUCAAAACUGAUGAAGAAACCGGAAAACCUAUUACGACUAUUCUUGCUACAAUUCCAUCAAAUUUAGCGUAUAUUCAUAGUUUUUCUAUUACGAAAAAAUAUCGCAAUUUUAUCCGAUCAUUUGUCCCAUGGGAUCCUAACAAGAAGGCGCAUUUCUACGUUAUUGAUCGUAAACUUAAAAAACAUGUGGCAACUUAUACCUCACCAACGUUCUUCUGUUUCCAUACCAUAAAUGCAUAUGAUGAAGAUGAUGAUAUAAUUAUUGAUUUACCUCAAUAUAAAAAUAAUAGUAUUAUUUUCCAACUUACAAUAGACCGACUUUUGGAAUCUUCCGAAAAUGAUGCUGAAAAACUACUACCAAAAUUCGAUUUAGAUAGCGUGAAUUUGAAAUAUGGUAGUGGAAAUUUUCCGAAUGCAGAAAUUGCGUUCGCAAUGCCUGAAGACUUGAAUGUUGAACUUCCAGUGGCCAAUUUUUCAAGAUAUUAUAUGAAAAAGUAUCGAUACGUUUAUGGUGUCUCACGUUCAGAUUCGGAUUCUCACUUUCUAUUUGAUCGCCUUAUAAAAAUUGAUCUUCAUCAAACUGACAACGAAUCAUCUAGUCAUAAAAUCUGGCAACAAUUUGGAUGCACACCUAGCGAACCAAUUUUCGUUUCUGCACCAAAUGCU